AUGAAGGCUAAGGCUUUGUCAGUAAAGGAGUGUGGCUGGUUGUCAGAGGAUUGCCAUCUAGUGGAGGAGCUGCCCAAAGACUCACCCAGAGAAAACAUAUGCCUGCCUAAUAUCUUCAGGUCCACGAAAAUCAAGACUUUCAGCCGGACUCAAACAACAGGGCCAUCUUAUCAUGUGUACUACACAGCACGAGAGCUCCUUCUGGAGGUGAUGGACAGAGGAGCCAUGCGGGAACUGGUGAAGAGAGGUUCCGCGUCGAGGUGUGGACCUUAUUCGUCUUCGCACGCUCAAAGAAAGGAGCAAGGCAGCAAUUUGUCUGAGAAGGAUUACAGCGAGUUGUUAACUUGCUUCUCCAUGGUUCUGCGGGAUGGAAUCUCCGUUGGCGAUUGUGAGUUGAGCCUUCAGUUAGAAGGUUGGAAGGGGGUCCUGAAGAGAAACUGUUUCCAAAGCUGCCUCCUGCACCUGAGCCGACUGGAGGACGAAGACAAGCUGGAAGCCUUGUCCGCCUUCUGCGGCCACGUAACUAAGCGCUAUCAGGGAUUAUAUACACCCAGCGAGAACUUGGCUGUGAAGAAAUUCAAACUUUGGUACCAACAGACUCCCUGCUCGCUUCAUCUCGCGAUCCUCUACGAUGCGAGUUCAGGGUUCAUCUGCAACAUGCACUUGUAUGUCCCGGAGCAGCUACAGAGACGCAGUAGGAAACCAGUUGUCGUGCAGGUGGUGGAGCAUCUGACCAGACCUUUCUGCAGCCACCAUCACCUGGUGCGGUUGAACACCUGUGUCUGGAUGGAGGACAAGCUUAUGAACAUCUUCUCAGGCUCAGGACUCAAGACUCAAACUGUGACACCAGAGUCUUUGUCUGUAGGUACCAAGUCCAACUUCUUCUCGCUAUCCCUCCUCUCUGCUCAUCUCCAAGGAUGGACCGGACCAGCUCUUCUAUUUCCGACAUCAGACACGUGUGGAACGAGGGCGGACGUGCUCCUUCCCGGCCUCUGGGUGACACUGCACGCCAUCUACAUCAACACGUUUGUGCUCCACACGUUGCAGAGUUCAGGCAGGCAGGUCCAUCUCACCCAAUUCACCAGAACUCUGGCCUCUCAGCUAGCUCUAGACAACAGCGCUGGAGUGCCGGUCCUGCCUCAGCUUAACAGCAGGUCCUACCAUGAGAUGCCAAUUCUGACAAGUAUCCCGAAACUAAGCAGUGGUCACAUGCUGGAAAAGCGGCUCCUGGGGUGGGAACGACCAGGUGUGUGCGGUUUAGACAAUUCUGGAAACUUCUGCUACUUGAACGCAGUGUUGCAGUGCGUUUGCUCAACCGUGCCACUGGUGGAGCAUCUCCUUCAUCACGACACUCGCAAAGAGUUGGCACGAGCCAAAUGUGAUGUGGCACAAGUGUUCGUACGCCUUCUGGAGCAGAUGUGGCUAGGAAGGAGCUCAAGUUGUGCUCCCGUGGAAGCCAGGUCUGUGUUAUGUUCCGCCCUGUCACAGUUUAACAACCAAUCGCAGCAGGAUGCUCAGGAACUUCUGCUCUAUCUCUUCAAUGCACUCCACGAAGACUUAAAAAAGGUUGGAAGGCGCGAGACAUUCUCAACCAAGUGGCAACUGAGACGAGAGCAACACCAGAAUUGUUUCUCUGAACUAGGAGAGUCUACCAUUGUUUCCAAGCUGUUUGAAGGCCAACUUAGCUACAUGACCGUCUGCAUGCAGUGUCAUCAUAAGACCCACAGCAUGCAGACCUUCACUGUGCUGUCCUUGCCCAUCCCAACACAUAUCAGCAAGUGCUCCAUUCAGGACUGCUUGUCUCUGUUCUUUGAGCAGACUCUUCUGACAGAGGGAGAAACAAUGUGCUCAGCCUGCGAACUGAGGAAAGAAACUGCUCUCCUCACUUGUCUGGAGAAAGCCCCCGAAAUUCUUGUGCUGCACCUGAAACGGUUCCGUUGUAAAGGAAAGAACCAGGUGAAACUAAGGACUAAUGUGUUCUUCUCCAAUGAACUCGAUCUCAGCUUGUUUCUAUCCAUCACUGCACGAAACACUUCUUGUUCUUCCUACCGUCUCUAUGCGGUCGUGAACCACAUAGGUCACCUCAACAUGGGUCACUACACAGCGCUGUGCCACAACGCUCUGACUCAAAAAUGGCAUUGCUUCGAUGACUCCGUGGUCCGAGAGCUACAAGACAGUCACGUGCAAUCUCCAGACGCCUACGUCCUACUUUACAGUCGCAAGCCAUUCCGAAAUCCAAAGAUUGUCGGCCUUUAG